AUGCGACGAGACGCCCAGGCCUCCUUCCCCGUUUCUGUCUGUUCCUGCAAACGGCUCUUGGCGCCACGCAGAAGACAGCCGCAGGAGCUGCAGAGCGCCUCCACGCGGGCGACGCAGAAGCGCGUGCGCUGCGGCCGCCGCAGCCUCGAGAUCCGCCGGCGCGGGGGGAAGGUAGAGAGGAGAAAAAGAGGCAAACGGCAAAGACGCGCCAGGAGGCGCAGACGGUUGAAGCGAUGGAGCGGAGGCGACGAGAAGAUCGCCGCCUUCGGUCAUCGUCUUCAUGUGCGAAUGAGGUGA